ACGGCUUGGCUUAGCACAGCUCAUGGCAUGGCUCAGCAUGUGCCAUGGCAGUGGCACAGCGCAGCACCUUGCUACUAAGCUCAGCUUGGCUUGGCACGCCACCCUUUAGCCCAGGGACCUGCAGUGAGCUGCUUGGCUCAGCUUGGCACGGCCCAGCCAGUGUAGUUCAACUCUGUCCAGCUCAGCCCAGCAUGGCAUGACAUGGAGUGCUGGCACAGUUCAGUGCAGAACAAUACAGCACAGCUCAGCUCAGUGUGGGAUGACAGGGGAGUCAGCAUGGCUUAGCCCACCAUGGCUCAGUGCAGCUCAGCUGGGUUGGCACAUUCUGGCUUGGCUCAGCUCAGCUCAGCAUGGCACAACACAGGGAUGAAACGGUUCAGUUUGGUACAGCACAGCAUGACCAGGGGCCUCACCUGGUUUAGCUCCAUUUGGCCUGACCCAGUUUUGCUCGGUUUAGUUUAGCUUGGGCUGACGUGGACAAGCAGGGCUGGCACAAUUCGGCUUGGCACAGCAUGGCCUGGCACAGUUCAGCUCAGAACAACCCAGUUUGGCCCAGAACAGUAUGGUGCCGCCAGGGACUCGCAGCAUUAGGGCCAGCUUGGCACAGCUUAGCCUGGCACGGUGGCACAGUGUGUCUGGCAGUUCGGCAGCACUCGUGGGUGCAAAGGGGUGGCAGUAAGUGAUGCAGCCCCCCCAGCUCCCCGCCCUGCAGUCACGCUGGCGCCCCGAGCUCUCCUGCCUGCGGGCCAGCACAUGCUGCUGGCUCCUGUCUGGCCUGCCCAUGCUGGCCCACGCCCUGUCCCUGUCCUGCCGGGCACCUCAGGGCACGUGUGGCAGUGUGGCCCUGCUUCACCUUUGUCUUUUCCCUGCCAGGCCCAGGAGGGGCAGCUGUGCCAGCCUUUGGGGAAACUGAGACGGGGAAGGAGGCGGCAGUGGCAGCUGAGGGCGGUGGGAGUGGAUCCGCACUGGUUCCCGGGGGAGCCCGGGAGUCCUGCCCCUCCCCUUCCCGCCCGGGGCCACGGCUCUUACUCAUCUCUUUCCCAGACAGCUCAGCCGGCCUGGAAAGCUCUGCCCUGCCAGCAACGCCUGUGGCCCCCAGUUGCCUGCCACGGCCCGGGAGGGUGGGCUUGCAGUGCCAGGCUGAUGGGCCACCAUAGGCUGGCUCAGCCCCAGUGCAGGAACAGUCCCUCGAACUUUUCUUGGCAACCCUCAUCCACCAGUGCCUGCCUUAAACUCUGUCUGCACCCUGCCUGGCCUGGCUGCAGGCAGCCCAGUGCAUGUGCCCUGUUCCUGUGCCAGGGUGUCCCAGGGCACAGAGUGGGGUUGUACCUGGGCUGUUUGUGGUGCUGGAUCCCACCCAGCAGUGAUGCAUGGCCCCUCUCAUAUGGCCACCCACAUGACAUCAGUCAUGUCCACCCCUGACGUGACUCUCCUGCUCUCCCCCGUGGCCUUGCCACCACCCUUACCAUGCCCCUCUCUCAUGGCUGGCUGAUGCCAUGCCUGGACUUUUCCCAGCCUCCCCUGGCUUGUCUGCCCCUUGUGCCCUUUCCCAAAUGAGUAACCAGGGCUGCCUGGCCAGGCGUGAGGGCUCUGUGCCCUGGCUCAUCACGUGGCCCCACAGCCCAUUAAGCACCACACAUAUCUCCCACCACACCCCCACCACAGCCCUCAGCACCGUGCUCAACUGGCACCGUGAAGGGUGGGCAGCAUCUGGGGCAAGGCAGGCACCAGCACACCCCCCAGCUCCCCCCAGCUCCCUAUGCCUGCACCCAAACAGGGUGGUUCCCAAACAGUGUGACCAUCCCCUGAACCCCUCCAUCCCAGCUGGAGAGCAGCAGUGUCCUAUGGGACUGGGCACAACACCAGUUGCCCUAUGGGGGCAUGGGCUGCAGCUGCCCAUACCCCACUCUGUAGUGUGCCCAUGGGGCCUGUCCCAGGCAAGCACCGUGUAACCACAGUCCCCAGGAUGGACAGUACCUCAAAUGGCCCAUGCCAGCAAGAUGGUGGGCAUCAUGCUCACAGUCCCUCAGCCUUGGGCAGGUGCUGGCAGCAAGACCUUGAAGCUGGUCAAGGAAGCCAAAGCUGUGGGCAUGGUGAUGGUGAUGGCAUGGUGAUGCCUGCAAUGAAGUACCGCUGGCUGACCUAGCCGUACUCAGAGCUGCUGGGCUCAAGGUCGCUCUGCCCACCUGUGUGCCUUAGUGUACAUCUCCCAGCUGGGGGGAGUGAGGCACUGGGCAGCCUGGCUGUCCCGCAGGGCUGUUGGGGAGCAGACCCCCAGGCUCUGUGCCUGCUUGGGGCAGUGUAGACCAGCUUGCAGCAAUGGGCACAAAGGUGCCAAGCUGCUGAUGGAGAGUCAGCACAGGGUGGGGGAGCUGGAGGGGCACUCACCUCAGCAGAGCACUCUGCCAGACUCCAGCCCCCCUCCCCUGAGACCCAGGUUGCUCCUGCCUCUUUAAACCCUGAUUGGGGCCAUGCCUUUAAAAUGGGCCCUGGGCAGGUGGACCUCCUACCCUGCAGGAGGAGGCUGGCCAGGAGCAGGUGGGCUGAGUGAGCUGGUCUUCCCACCUACCCCACUUCACCUUCCCUCCACCCCACUUCCCUACCCCAGCACUUUUACAGCCCCUGUAGCCAGGCUCUGUCCCCCUGCCUUUGCCCCUGGUCUAGGUUUUAGUCUAGAAUUUGCACCCUUUUUGCAUAUAGAGUCACCCCCUACCUUUCUGCUCCUGUGCCAAGCUGAAGCAGCUGGCAUGGUUGUCCUGGCUUGAUAGCAGCUGGCAGCACCCUUGGAUCCUUUUGCUGGUGCCCACAACCAGCUCUGCCUCUCCACUGGGGAGAAGCAUGACUGCAGGUUCUUCCUAAUUCUGCUGCUGACCAGCCCCACCUUGCCCCACUCACUCCCCUCAAACACACACUCACCUAUCAUGGCAUUGCUCUUCUCCACCAGCCUCCUCCUCCUCCUCCUUCUUGUUGUGCCCCCGUCCCAGGCUGCAAACAAGUCCCCACUGCCCCCCAGCCCCCUGCCCGCCGUCCCCACCCUGCCCCUCCUGCAGGCCCUGCAAAUGCAGGCACCUGGCAGCCCAGGCUGGCGAGUGGGGCCAGCCAGUGGGCAGCCUCUGCGCUACAUGCUGAACCUGUACCGCCGUGCCGCCGACCGCGAGGGCCGACCCCGCCGCGGCCGCAGCCUGGGCACCAACACCGUUCGCCUGGUCCAGGCCAGUUCCCAUGGGGAUCAGCCCUGGGCAGGUCGCUGGUAUGUGCAGCCCCUCACGUACCGCCUGGAGGGCCAGCCCGAGGAUGAGCACCUCCUCAGAGCCACUGUGGUCUACCUGCCCAGUCUGUCACUGGCCCAUGGUCGCCUUCUCUGCGCUCUGGAGCUGGUGGCAGCCGGCGAGGCACCUGGGGUGCUGCUCAGCCCUGCUGCCCGUCCCCGCCAUGGCUGGGCUGAAGUUGACGUCACCCCUUACCUGGUCCUGGGGAACAGCAGCAUGAGGAGCCUGGCACUGCGGCAUGUCUGUGUGCAUGCUGGCCGAGCAGGAGGCCACGAUGCCCCAGUGUCCCCCAGUCGCCCUUUCCUCCUGCUCUACCUUAACGACACCCAGGCAGGGUUGGCAUCUCUGGCAGCAGAGCCCCACCGGCACCGGCGUGACACAGGGACAUUGGCUCAUGACCUGCCCAACUACCUGCGGGAGCAGGGAGAGGAGAAGAGUGACUGUUCCCUGCGCCCCUUCUCUGUCAGCUUUGCACAGCUGGGCUGGGACCACUGGAUCAUCGCUCCCCACCGCUACAACCCGCGCUACUGCAAGGGCGCCUGUCCCCACCUACUCCGCUACGACUACCACGCGCCCAACCACGCUGUGGUGCAGAGCUUUGUUCAUCAGCUGGUGGAUGCCAACGUGCCCCGGCCCUCCUGUGUGCCCUACCGCUACAGCCCCAUCAGCGUCCUCAUGAUCGAGCGCAACGGAGGCAUCCUCUACAAGGAGUAUGAGAACAUGAUCGCAGAGUCCUGCACCUGCCGGUAAUUCCCACUGCCCUGGCACAGCACCCCUGGGCUCUGCCUGUUCCUGUGCAUCUGGACUUUAAGGUUUAUCUUGCUCUGCCUGGGGCUCACUCUGCUCAUCUCCCCUCCCUGCGCAGCGCUGCUCUGUGGGGAGGUUUUACAAUGACAGUUUUAUGUAAAUUGUGGGUUUUUAAAGGCAGGAGCCUGUGCUGGGGUGUUUGCCCCGUGGCAUCUGUCCUUCCUGCAGCCCCCAUGGCUGCUGCCUGGUUUUGGUGGGCAGGGGGGCUUGGCCUGAUAUUCCCAGAGAUGAGCUGUGUCCCUGAACUGGAAUACGAAGCUCACAGGAGGUGGCUGGGAGUCUCCUGGUGGAGCCAGGGCAGGGAGGGCGAGCAGUCCAUGUGCCUCUGUGCUUGGCACCACAUUGGUGCUGUCGGGAUCUGAUGUGACCCUGCCUGUGGAAUUCCUUCCCAGCUCACGUGCACCCCAUCUUGUCUGGUCUCAGCUGCAGUGGCAUCUCACUGGGCUGGGAAUUUGGGCUGGAGAGGGGGAGGAAGCCUUUCUCCUCCCCUGCAGUUCUGUUCUGGGGAGGGCUGUGAAACUGGAGGAACUCGAGCUGCCUUUUCUGCUCCCAGUGCUAGGGGCCAGGUAGCUGCCUGUGCUAGGCUCUGCCUCCUGCUUCCUCCAACACACUUGUCCUUCAGCUCCUUGGCUUGCCCUCUAGCAGGGCUCAGGUCUUGCCCUAUCCUAGGAGUCAGACUCCCAUCGUGGUGUCCCUCUGCCUUCUCACACUCCUGCUGUCCCACAGGCCUUGGGCUCUGUUGGGCUCCUGGCAUGUCCCUGUUCCCAGAAGAGUCUGUCCUGCUCUCAGCACCUCCACUGCCUGACUUUCCUCUAUUUAUUGGUUGACUGUGAAUAAAUAAAUUGAUGGAUUUUGCUAAAGA